UUGCCGAUCGGAGGGGGUUAAAGUCGCCCCGGCCAGGCCACGGGCUAUCAGUCUCUAUUGAGAGCUUUUUUUUUUUUUUUUUCCUUUAAAUACAAGUGAGUUUGGAGAAAAGAAAGAGGGGGAGAGGGGGGCAGAGUCACUUUUUUUCAGCGCAGGAAAAGGUUCGGAGGGCCAGUUAGACCAGCCGCCUUGCAGCGCCCGGCCGCUCCCUGCCCGGGAGACCUGCGCCCUGCCCAUUUCACAGGCGACGAUUUCGGGGGUAAAGAGAGAAAGUUUUUCCCCCUGGGCAAACUGCAGAUUUUCCCUCUUCCCCUUAAAAAAUCCCGCAGCCCGCCUGGUCUUGCAGCAUGGCGCUUUGCUCCCGAAUCGGAUGCCAGCAGCCAAACUUGUUCCCUCCCGUAGAGUAGGAAGCAGCCGGGCGCCAGGGCUGUUGGGGGAGCCAGGAAGAACCGAGGUUGGGAUCCACUCCUCUGGCCAUGCUUGCUGCUACCUGUAAUAAGAUCGGCAGCCCCAGCCCGUCUCCCUCCUCCCUCUCGGACAGCUCCUCUUCCUUCGGCAAAGGCUUCCACCCCUGGAAACGUUCCUCGUCGUCCUCCUCCGGCAGCUGCAAUGUAGUGGGUUCCAGCCUCUCUGGCUUCGGCGUGACGGGGGCCUCCAGGACCGGUGGCUCGUCCUCCGCGGCCGCGGCGGCGGCAGCAGCAGCGGCGGCGGCUGCGGCCCUGGUGUCCGACUCGUUCGGCUGCGGCGGCUCACCCGGCUCCAGCGCCUUCUCCCUCACCUCCAGCAGCGCCGCGGCCGCAGCGGCCGCCGCGGCCGCCGCUUCCACCUCGCCCUUCGCCAACGACUACUCGGUGUUCCAGACCCCCGGCGUCUCCGGGGGCAGCGGCAGCGGAGGCGGGGGCGGUGGCGGCGGGUCCUCCGCGCACUCGCAGGACGGCUCGCACCAGCCGGUGUUCAUCUCCAAGGUGCACACCUCGGUGGACGGGCUGCAGGGCAUCUACCCGCGCGUGGGCAUGGCGCACCCAUACGAGUCGUGGUUCAAGCCCUCGCACCCGGGCCUGGGCGCCGCUGGCGACGUGGGGUCGGCCGGCGCCUCCAGCUGGUGGGACGUGGGCGCGGGCUGGAUCGACGUGCAGAACCCGAACGGCGCCGCAGCGUUGCCGGGCUCGCUGCACCCCGCCGCCGGGGGGCUCCAAACCUCGCUGCAUUCGCCGCUCGGAGGCUACAACUCGGAUUACUCAGGCCUGAGCCAUUCAGCCUUCAGCAGCGGCGCCUCCUCGCACCUGCUCAGCCCCGCGGGACAGCACCUCAUGGACGGCUUCAAGCCGGUGCUGCCCGGCUCCUACCCGGACUCGGCCCCGUCGCCGCUGGCCGGCGCAGGGGGCUCCAUGCUGAGCGCCGGGCCGUCGGCGCCGCUGGGGGGCUCCCCGCGCUCCUCCGCGCGCCGUUACUCAGGCCGCGCCACCUGCGACUGCCCCAACUGCCAGGAGGCGGAGCGGCUGGGCCCGGCUGGGGCGAGUCUGCGGCGCAAGGGCCUGCACAGCUGCCACAUCCCGGGCUGCGGUAAGGUGUACGGCAAGACCUCGCACCUCAAGGCGCACCUGCGCUGGCACACGGGCGAGCGGCCCUUCGUGUGCAACUGGCUCUUCUGCGGCAAGCGUUUCACGCGAUCCGACGAGCUGCAGCGGCAUCUGCGGACCCACACCGGUGAGAAGCGCUUCGCCUGUCCCGUCUGCAACAAGCGCUUCAUGCGCAGCGACCACCUCAGCAAGCACGUGAAGACGCACAGCGGCGGCGGAGGAGGCUCGGCUGGCUCCGGCAGCGGUGGCAAGAAGGGCAGCGACACCGACAGUGAGCACAGCGCUGCGGGCAGCCCGCCCUGCCACUCCCCGGAGCUGCUGCAGCCCCCUGAGCCCGGGCACCGCAACGGCCUGGAGUGACUUGCACCCCUCGCCUGUCCCUCCCCUUGACCUCCUCCCACCCCACUCCGCUUGGUCCCCGCCUGUCCUGGCCUCAGCUCCAGCCUCUCUACACGGCAUACUGCCCGCUCUCUGUCUUUGUUCCUCUUCUAACUCCUUGUGUGACUUAAGUUUGUAAAGGGGAUGUGAACAUGUAAGUAACACGCAUUGCCAUUCCGGGGCCUGGCUUUCCCCUCCACCCGGUUACACCGUCCGACACAACCCCAACUCCCCGCUCCUCUGGGCCUUUAAUUCUCGCCUUCCUCGUCCUCUGUCUGCCAUCCCAGGGUGUGACAGGCCUAUCUUAGAGGGAAGCAGCCCUGGAGGUAGAGCUGGACGAUUCCAGUGCCUGGGAGACUGGCCUGCACCCGGGCGGGAGCAAUUCAGCUGAGCAAGGUUGAGCCGCGCCUUGGGGAGAGAGAGGCGAGAGGCCUGCGCUGGCUGUUCUGCCGGCGACAGCCGCGUACGUGGUUCCAGAACCGCCAGGCUGCUGCCCGCCCUGCGCCCAGCCGUCGGAGCUUUGUGCGUGUGCCCAUCUGUCCUCAGAGAUCCGGAAUUUGCAGAGUUUAGCUCUCCCAGCUUCAGCUCAGUCUCUUUUUCUUUGUUCCCUGAGGUGGAACCGAUGCAAGUUUCAGCUAAGGGCAGUCUUGGUGAAUCGCUGCAGCAGCCUUCUUUCAACUUUAUAACAUUUUUUU